AUGCCUACGGCCGAUGCAUUCGAGUCCCAGAGGCUUCGCCGAGAUUCAAGCCUAGACGCCGAUCGGGCCGACCUUUAUGGGGGCCCCAACGUCAUAGCUCCUCCGAAACACUUAACAGACCCGAGUUGCAACUUUAAAUUCAACUUCAACAACACAAUGGUGACCGACCCCGUUAGCUCUGAUACCACCUCUUCAUACGAGGGAGACUCUUCCCAAGUGACCACGCCCUUGUCAACACCAUCAACGGUAACAAGCAGCGACUUCGCGUUCGCAUUCGACAUUGAUGGCGUCUUGGUUCGGGGUGGCGAGCCCAUCCCGGAGGCCGUCGAGGCUAUGAAGUAUAUCAAUGGCGAGAAUCCGUACGGGGUGAAAGUACCAUACGUUUUCCUUACAAACGGCGGCGGCAAGUCCGAGGAGGAACGAUGCGCGGAUCUCAGUCGCCAACUCGAAAUGGAGAUCUGUCCUGGCCAAUUCAUUUGCGGCCAUACGCCCAUGCGCGAAAUGGCGGAACAAUACAACACUGUUCUAGUCGUUGGUGGCGAGGGCGAAAAGUGUCGCGCCGUCGCCGAGGGCUAUGGAUUCAAGAAUGUCAUCACCCCCGGAGAUAUCAUCAAAACAAGGAACGAUACGACGCCUUGGCGCAGACUUACAGACGAAGAGAAUGAGAAUUCGCAUCUGAUCGAUCUGGAAAAUACCCAAAUUGAAGCGAUUUUUGUCUUUGCCGAUAGUCGUGAUUGGGCUGGAGACCAGCAGAUUAUCCUGGACAUCCUCAUGACCGUGGAAGGCAAGCUGGGCACUCGCUCGGAGGUCUUCAACGAAGGCCCACCAUGCUUCUUUUCUCACAGUGAUGUGAUUUGGUCCACAUCCCAUGAACACUCGCGUAUCGGCAUGGGUGCCUUGAAGGCUUCACUGGAAGCCGUGUACAAUGCUAUAACGGGGAAGGAUUUGAAUACCUUUGCUUUCGGAAAGCCCCAAAUGAGCACCUUCAAGUUUGCCACUCGGCUCCUCCAAGACUGGCGCCAGGACUCUCAUGGCAUUGAUAAACCUCCCUCAACGGUUGAGAUCGAUUGGUAUUCAAUCCUUGUCAAAACUGGUGUCUGGCAGGAUAAAACCAUUCCUCGCUACCCACCUCGCAAAAUUUGCGACAAUGUCUACGAUGCCAUUAAAUUUGCAAUCGAACGCGAGCAGCAAAAGUCGAUCAACAGUGGCACUACAAUUCAGAAUAUACAAAAGAAGAAAGAAGGGUUGAAAAACUAA